UAAAGCGCUAAUUAUGAACACAACGUGGGUUCGAUCAUCAUAGUUACAUUUGUUGUGUCUCGUUCCUAUGAACCACGUGACUGAUGGAAGCUGAGAUUUCCUCCCCGUGACGUGGGUCCGUGAACACCACACGGGAGAGGAGGAGGACGGACACUGUCAGCUGCAGCAGCCUGAAGCCGUCCGCUGCGUGGAGCGGAUCGAUGACCCAUCAGUGAUCGAUCGGGGCGGUGAUCGGAGGAUCGGUAAACAGGAAACAGCUGAUCGUCGCCGUGUGGUCGCGCGGAGCAGAGAUGCGUCGCCUGGUAACGGGAACAGAACCGAGGAGGAGCCCAGGCCGAGCAUCUCUGUGAGGAUCCAUCUGCAGCCUCCACGGUCCAAUAACCUCAUCGAUCAUUAUUUAUCCCAUCAGUUUCGGUCGUAUCAUCUGACACGUCCGUCCUCCAGGUUUGGCCCGAGGUUGUAGGAUGUGUCUGUAGUCGAGGCUGAGGGUGAAGCAGCCAUCAUGCCGUGUUCCUGCGCAGAGUGGAGGAGGUGGAUCCGCCCGCUGGUUCUGGUUCUCUACGGCCUCCUGCUGGUGGCCGUGCUGCCGCUCUGCAUCUGGGAGCUGCAGAAAGACAAGGUUGGGACUCACAGUAAAGCCUGGUUCAUCGCCGGCAUCUUCGUCUUUCUGACCAUCCCGAUCUCUCUGUGGGGGAUCCUGCAGCACAUCGUCCACUACACCCAGCCGGAGCUGCAGAGACCCAUCAUCAGAAUACUAUGGAUGGUACCAAUCUACAGUCUGGACAGUUGGCUCGCUCUGAGAUAUCCCAGUCUGGCCAUCUACGUGGACACGUGCCGCGAGUGUUACGAGGCCUACGUCAUCUACAACUUCCUGGUGUUCCUGCUCAACUUCCUCAGUAACCAGUACCCCAGCCUGGUGCUCAUGCUGGAGGUCCAGCAGCAGCAGCCCCACCUGCCGCCGCUGUGCUGCUGCCCGCCGUGGCCCAUGGGAGAGGUGCUGCUGUUCAGGUGUAAGCUGGGAGUCCUGCAGUACACCGUGGUCCGACCCGUGACCACCGUGAUCGCACUGAUCUGUCAGCUCUGUGGGGUUUAUGAUGAGGCCAACUUCAGCUUCAGGAACGCCUGGUCCUACCUGGUCAUCAUCAACAACAUAUCCCAGCUGUUUGCCAUGUACUGCCUGCUGCUGCUGUACCGAGCUCUCAAAGAAGAGUUGACCCCCAUCAGGCCUGUGGGCAAGUUCCUCUGCGUCAAACUGGUGGUGUUUGUUUCCUUCUGGCAGGCGGUUUUCAUAGCGUUCCUGGUGAAGGUCGGUGUGAUCUCCGACAAACACACCUGGGACUGGGACAGUGUGGAGGCCGUGGCCACUGGACUGCAGGACUUCAUCAUCUGCAUAGAGAUGUUCCUGGCUGCCAUCGCUCACCACUACACCUUCACCUACAAACCAUACGUACAGGAGGCGGAGGAGGGCUCGUGUUUCGACAGCUUUCUGGCCAUGUGGGAUUUCUCUGACAUCAGAGCUGAUGUGACGGAGCAGGUCCGCCAUGCUGGUCGAACGUUCCUCGGUCGACCCAACAAGAUGUACUUCGGCAGCGCAGCUCGACCCGAGCACACCGAGCACACCGGCCUUCUCACGGCCACCUCCCAGGACGCCAUCGCGGUGGCAGCCACGUCCAUGCCCUCCUCCCCUUCCUCGAGUGGGCGGUACCAAGGCCUGGGCCACACCCCCGCCCCACACUCCAUCUCCGCCCCCGCAGGGUUCACUUCCUCUUCCUGGGAGGACGACAGUGACAACUCGCCUCCGGAGGCGGGUGAUACCAAAUAACUCUUCUCUUUCUUUACGUCUUUUGAACCGUUGUUGUGAUGAUCUUUGUCGCUCCGGACAAAUAAACUCAGAUUCUGUUUAAAAGUCAGAAUAAAAACCUGAACUCUUUAGUGAGAAAGAAGCUGAUUCACGCUUGGAUUCUAUCAGGACUCGUCGAAGGAAACCAGAGAAGAAGAAGCGUCUGCACUCUGUGAUGUCAAAGCCAUGUUUGUUGAAAACGUAUUUUUGAAGUUUUAAAUGUUUGAAAUCUGUAUUUUGAUGUCUGAUGAUGUCAUUUUGAUAAAAGUGUCUCGAGCCGUUGGAAGGAUAUUUGAUGUUUUCAUCAGGAGGUGAAGCAGCUGAUUGGUUUUACACUGUCACAGUGUCGUCGAGCAAGGUCUGACUGUUUGUUCUAAGUGAUAAUAAAUGAACAUGACAUGUCUAAUCAUGA